GCUGAGAGACCCUGAGCUGGUUUCGUCUCUUGUUCAGCAUAAUGUGAAGAUGCCUCCUUUGUUUCCCGACGCAGGCAAUGUGUUGCGCCGCUUCACGCCGGAGUCGCUGGCUGAAUGUGAGCGACUCAAGGCCGAGGAAGAUGCUGAAGCCGCUAACAGGAAAGCCCAGAACAUCGAGAUCCCAGAGGAGGAACUGCCCAAACCCUCCAACGACCUGGAAGCUGGAAAAUCUUUACCUUUUAUCUAUGGAGACCCUCCACCUGAGCUUCUUAAUAUCCCCCUGGAAGAACUCGAUCCCUACUACAAAUCCAAGAAAACUUUCAUCGUGAUCAGCAAAGGGAAUACCAUCAACAGGUUCAAUGUGGAGUCAGCCUGUUACAUUCUCUCUCCCUUUAACCCCGUCCGCAAGUUCGCCAUCCGAAUACUCAUACACUCAUUGUUCAGCAUGUUCAUCAUGUUAACUAUCCUGUCCAACUGUGUGUUCAUGACGAUGAGUGACCCGCCAGAGUGGAGCAAAAUCAUGGAAUACGUCUUUACAGGGAUCUACACAUUUGAGGCUCUGAUUAAAAUCUUGUCCAGAGGGUUCUGUAUUGGAGGCUUCACAUUCCUUCGAGAUCCAUGGAACUGGCUGGAUUUCAUGGUGAUCAGCAUGGCGUACAUCACUGAGUUUGUGGACUUGGGAAAUGUCUCAGCUUUGAGGACCUUCCGUGUGCUUCGAGCGCUGAAAACAAUCACUGUUAUUCCUGGUCUAAAAACCAUUGUUGGUGCACUGAUACAGUCGGUGAAGAAGCUGGGAGAUGUCAUGAUCUUGACCGUUUUCUGUCUCAGCGUUUUUGCCCUCAUUGGCUUGCAGCUGUUUAUGGGAAAUCUGCGCCACAAGUGUGUCCUGUGGCCUCCACCAGUCGUCAAUGAUACUGCAGAUACAAACCGCACUAUCGACUUUCAAGAAUUCAUCAACAAUCCUGAUAAUUAUUACGUCAUCCCUGGUGGCACAGAUCCCCUGCUCUGUGGAAACAGUUCGGAUGCUGGGAUGUGUCCUGAGGGAUACACGUGCAUGAAAGCAGGGAGGAAUCCAAAUUAUGGAUACACCAGCUACGACAGCUUCGGUUGGGCCUUCCUCGCCCUCUUCCGACUCAUGACACAGGACUUCUGGGAAAACUUGUUCCAGCUGACUCUCCGGGCAGCAGGGAAGACCUACAUGAUCUUCUUCGUGGUCAUCAUCUUCUUAGGCUCUUUUUAUCUUAUCAACCUGAUUUUGGCUGUGGUGGCAAUGGCAUAUGCAGAGCAAAAUGAAGCCACAAUAGCUGAAGCUAAAGAGAAAGAGGAGGAGUAUGCCAGGAUCAUGGAGCAGCUCAAAAUGCAAGCUGAGUUAAGAAAAGCAAUGGUGAAAGAAAGCACAACCUCACUUUCAAGCAGAAGAAAAGCUGAUGGCAGUGCUGAGUAUGAUGAGAAGCAUGAAGAGCAUGGCAUUGCCCUGAUAAAUGGAGAGUCUGUGGAGGUUUCCAAAUCAAAUGGAAGUAUGGACCUAAUAGAAGUACCUGACCAGCACAACAGGAAAGCCAGUGCAGUGAGCGCCGCAAGCCAUACUCUAGAUGAAUUAGAAGAGAUGGAGAAACCAUGCCCACCUUGCUGGUACAAGUUUUCAGACAUUUUCCUAAAGUGGAACUGCUGCACACCAUGGGUCAGAUUAAAAAGAAUUCUUUACUUGUUUGUGAUGGAUCCUUUUGUGGACUUGGGCAUCACUAUCUGCAUCAUACUAAACACUGUGUUUAUGGCCAUGGAACAUUAUCCAAUGACUCAUGAGUUUGAAAAUGUCUUGACUGUUGGGAAUUUGGUGUUCACAGGGAUCUUUGCGGCUGAGAUGGUCCUCAAGCUCAUAGCCAUGGACCCAUACUACUACUUUCAGGUUGGCUGGAAUAUAUUCGACAGCAUAAUCGUGACCAUGAGUCUUGUGGAACUUGGCUUGGCUAAUGUACAAGGGCUGUCUGUGCUCCGGUCCUUCCGACUUAUGCGUGUCUUCAAGUUGGCAAAGUCGUGGCCUACCCUGAACAUGCUGAUUAAGAUCAUCGGUAACUCUGUGGGUGCUCUGGGGAACCUGACACUUGUCCUUGCCAUCAUCGUCUUCAUCUUUGCUGUGGUGGGCAUGCAGCUGUUUGGGAAAAGCUACAAGGACUGUGUUUGUAAAAUCGCGGCGGACUGUGAACUUCCACGCUGGCACAUGACAGACUUUUUCCAUUCAUUCCUAAUUGUGUUUCGGAUUCUGUGUGGAGAGUGGAUUGAAACCAUGUGGGAUUGCAUGGAGGUGGCAGGCCAAGGCAUGUGCAUUGUUGUCUUCAUGAUGGUCAUGGUGAUUGGAAACCUGGUGGUCCUCAAUCUCUUCCUGGCAUUGCUGCUCAGCUCCUUCAGUGGAGACAAUAUGUCGUCAGACGACGAUGGCGAAAUGAACAACCUGCAAAUUGCCAUAGCAAGAAUAACCAGAGGCAUUGACUGGGUGAAGGCCUUCGUUAUCACACGUUUGUUGGGCCUAAAACCAAAGGAAGAAGUAAAGGAAGAAAAUGAUUUCGCCCUGAACCACAUGGACAUGGCUGAGUCAGGGGAUGAGGUGAAGGAGGAGCUGAAACCAUUUGAUGGUGCUCUUAGGUUAGCUGUUGUUCCCAUUGCAAAGGGAGAGUCUGAUUUUGAAAGCCCUGAUGAUGAUGAUGAUGAUGAUGAUGACAGUACUUCUGAAAAUAAAGAGAAGAUUAAUGAAAAAAACAAACUGAACGAUGCAGAUGACUCGUCCAGUUGUAGCACCGUGGACAAACCUCCAGAGGUGGAAGAUGUGGAUUCAGAGGAUGAACCAGAUCCCAUCUCUCCAGUGGAGUGCUGCACAGAGAAAUGCAUUAGAUGCUGCCCAUGCCUUGAUAUAGACAUCACCAAGGGCAAAGGAAAGACAUGGUGGAACUUACGUAAGACCUGUUAUUCCAUUGUGGAGCAUAACUAUUUUGAGACCUUCAUCAUCUUCAUGAUUCUUCUUAGCAGUGGUGCCUUGGCAUUUGAGGAUAUUUACAUUGAGCAGCGACGAGUGAUUAAAAUCAUUCUCGAAUAUGCAGAUCAGGUCUUCACCUACAUUUUUGUUGUCGAGAUGCUCCUGAAAUGGUUUGCGUAUGGUUUCAAGACCUAUUUCACCAACGCUUGGUGCUGGCUGGACUUCCUCAUUGUCGAUGUCUCCCUGAUCAGCUUGACGGCUAACAUUCUGGGUUACUCCGAACUCGGACCCAUCAAAUCCCUGAGGACUUUGAGGGCUCUGAGGCCACUUCGCGCCCUGUCCAGAUUUGAGGGAAUGAGGGUGGUGGUUAAUGCCCUGGUUGGAGCCAUUCCCUCCAUAUUUAAUGUGAUGCUGGUGUGUCUGAUCUUCUGGCUGAUAUUCAGCAUAAUGGGUGUAAACCUGUUUGCUGGAAAAUUCUACUAUUGCUUUAACACAACCUCUGAAGAGUAUUUCUCCAUCGACCAAGUGAACAACAAAAGUGACUGCUUUGAGCUGAUGAAUAAUGAUUCAGACGUAAGAUGGGUGAACACAAAAGUCAACUAUGAUAGCGUGGCCAUGGGCUAUUUGGCCUUGCUUCAAGUGGCAACAUUUAAAGGUUGGAUGGACAUCAUGUAUGCUGCAGUGGAUUCUCGCUCGGUGGAGGACCAGCCGGAUUAUGAGGCAAACCUCUACAUGUAUCUGUACUUUGUAAUUUUUAUCAUCUUUGGGUCCUUCUUUACCCUCAAUUUAUUCAUUGGCGUUAUCAUUGAUAACUUCAAUCAACAAAAAUCAAAGAUAAGACAAGACCUCUUUAUGACAGAGGAGCAGAAGAAAUAUUACAAUGCUAUGAAAAAACUUGGCUCUAAAAAACCACAGAAACCAAUCCCACGCCCCCAAAACUGUUUUCAAGGCUUCAUCUUUGACCUUGUCACAAAGCAGUUUUUUGACAUUUUGAUCAUGGGCUUGAUCUGUCUGAACAUGAUCACCAUGAUGGUGGAGACAGAUGACCAGAGCGCAGAAUUUGAAGAAAUUCUAUACAUGGUCAACCUCGUUUUCAUCGUCCUAUUCACUGGAGAGUGUGUGCUCAAGCUCAUUGCCUUACGACAGUAUUUCUUUCAUGUUGGAUGGAAUAUUUUUGAUUUUAUUGUGGUCAUUCUUUCAAUUGUAGGCUUAGUUCUAGCAGACGUCAUUGAGAAGUACUUUGUGUCACCCACGCUUUUCCGUGUCAUUCGACUUGCCAGAAUUGGCCGAGUUCUGCGUCUGAUUCGAGGUGCUAAAGGCAUUCGAACUUUGCUGUUUGCCCUGAUGAUGUCCCUUCCUGCCCUUUUUAACAUUGGCCUUCUACUCUUUUUAAUCAUGUUUAUUUUCUCCAUAUUUGGCAUGUCCAACUUUGCCUAUGUGAAAAAAGCCGGCGGCAUUGAUGACAUGUUUAAUUUCGAGACCUUUGGAAACAGUAUAAUAUGUCUGUUCAUGAUCACAACAUCCGCUGGUUGGGACGGGCUGCUGUCCCCUAUCCUUGACAGCAAGGCUCCUGACUGUGACCCGGAUGUUGAAAAUCCAGGCACGGAUGUGAAGGGUAACUGUGGGAAUGCUGGAGUGGGAAUAGUCUUCUUUUGCACAUACAUUGUGAUGUCCUUCCUUGUGGUGGUCAACAUGUACAUUGCUAUUAUUCUGGAGAACUUCAAUGUAGCAACAGAGGAGAGCAGCGAGCCUUUGUGCGAGGAAGACUUUGACAUGUUUUAUGAGACCUGGGAGAAGUUUGAUCCAAAUGCUUCACAGUUCAUCGAAUACAGCGUACUGUCCGAUUUCUGCGACACCCUGAAAGAUCCACUGAGGAUCCCUAAGCCAAACACAGUCAAGCUGAUAACAAUGGACUUACCAAUGGUCCCUGGAGAAAAGAUCCACUGUCUUGACAUUCUGCUGGCUCUCACAGCUGAGGUGCUUGGUGAAUCUGGGGAAAUGGACAUGCUCAAGUCGAGUAUGGAGGAGAAAUUCAUGGCAAACAACCCCUCUAAGGCAUCAUAUGAGCCGAUAACCAGCACUCUUAGACGGAAGCAGGAGGAAGUGGCUGCUAAAGUCAUCCAGAGAGCCUACCGCAAAUACAAACUCAAGACUUGUAACAGAAAGGGAGCCUGCAGCAUCAGACAAAAGAGUGAGAAGUCCCCAUAUGUAGCUCUGCAGAAUGAGGUGGUCUUACAUUCUGCCCCUUUCACCGUCCCUGACUCAACCUAUGUGGACAACAUGAGGGAGUCCUUUGUGUAGUGAGAUCUUUUCUGGUUAAACGUUCUUCAAAGUGACAGUGUUUUCACAAAACUGCUCGUUCACUUUAAAGGUUAUUACUUCAAUUAUAAGAAGGGAAUGUGAGUAUGAGCUGCUGUAUUGUUCACUAUAAAGAAGUUAAGAACUAAUGUUAAUGAAGAAACCAGUGGUGUAAAUUAAGGAAAAAAGUCAGUCUGUAAUGUAGCAUCAAAAUGUUAAUAGGAGCACUAAGCACAAAUUUCUAGUUCCAAAAGAAAAGUAGUAAGUAUAAAUGUAGCAUGUGACGUUUAGAUAAUCUGUGAAUACUUUUGAUACAAGACUGAAGGACUUGCUAGCUUACAUGGUGCAAAUGGCGCAUGGCAAAAAUUAAUUUCUUGUUAAAAUUUAGUAUGUAAUAAAGAAAGAAAAAGUCAAUUUUAUUCAUAAUGCUAAAUCUGAUUUUUAGUGUUAUAGACUGUAAUAUAUUACCUGUAAUUUGUACUAUUUAUACUA